GCGGACACGCGAGAUUCACCAAGACCAACGAAGAAGAAGAACCGGAAGUUAAUCUGCAGUUAGCGUUAGCUUAUCCAAACAACAACAAACACUUCUAUCGGGUAAAGAUGUCAGCUGACACCAAGAUCGCAGAGCUGCUCACAGAACUCCAUCAACUCAUCAAACAGACUCAGGAGGAACGGUCACGCAGUGAACACAACCUGCUCAACAUCCAGAAAACACAUGAACGGAUGCAGACGGAAAACAAGACUUCGCCCUAUUACAGGACCAAGCUGCGAGGACUGUACACGACGGCCAAAGCUGACGCUGAAGCCGAAUGCAGCAUCCUGAGACACGCGCUGGAUAAAAUCGCAGAAAUCAAGUCUCUACUGGAGGAAAGACGAAUAGCGGCUAAGAUGGCGGGCGUCUACAGUGACAGUGACCCGCCCAGGAAGACGAUGAGGCGCGGCGUCCUGAUGACACUGCUGCAGCAGUCGGCCAUGACGCUGCCUCUGUGGAUCGGAAAACCAGGAGAGAGCCCGCCCCCUCUGUGCGGAGCCACGCCGGCCAACAGCGACUACGUGGCCAAACAGGGUGACAAGGUGGCGGCGCGGGUGAAGGCGAUGGACGGAGACGAGCAGUGGAUCCUGGCCGAGGUCGUCAGCUACAACCACUCCACCAACAAAUACGAAGUCGACGACAUCGAUGAAGAAGGAAAAGAGCGUCACACGCUGAGCCGGCGGCGGAUCAUCCCCCUCCCCCAGUGGAAGGCCAACCCCGAGACCGACCCCGAGGCCCUGUUCAGCAAAGACCAGCUGGUCCUGGCCCUGUACCCGCAGACCACCUGCUUCUACCGCGCACUCAUCCACACGCCGCCACAUAGGCCUCAGGACGACUACUCGGUGCUGUUCGAGGACACGUCGUAUGCUGAUGGGUACUCACCACCGCUGAAUGUCGCUCAGAGAUACGUGGUCGCCUGCAAAGAGAACAAGAAGAAAUGAACAAGGAGAAGAAGAACUAAAAGAAGAAGAAGUGGAAGUAGAGGAGGAUGUUGACAGUGGGACAGGAACGGUCUGUCCUCAGUCAUGUGUCAGCUGGAGGCCUGCAGCAUCCCCAGUGGACACGUCUUGAAUCUGCCUUAAACUGUUUUUACUCAUGCGUCCAGACAUAAAAGCUGAACUCCAUCAUGUGUUUGCAUCUCGUUCUUCGCAUAGGGACGU